CUUGCCCUUUCCUCCAAUUGCCAGUUCGGCAUUCAUUUUGCUGGAUCUCCGAACCGCGUCCAUUUGAGAUUUAAGACCGAUUAUCCAACGUUAUUUAAUAUUUUCUAUCAUUGGCCAAUUCAUUACACUAAAAAGAAACGAUCUUACUAAAGAUUACAGAAAGCCCAAUCCCGUGGUUUUAGAAACCCCCUUCUCUCUUCUGUUUUCUAUCCGUCUCUCCUCGCUCUCAGCUCUCGGAGCUCGUCUCAGUUACUUCCGGCUGGAUCUACUUCUAGUCUGCUUAAUUUAGCUGAAUUAGAUUGCUGAUUUCCUGCUAGAAAUCGUAGGUUCCCCUCUAAAUUCGUUGUCCAAAGUCCGAUCUGUUGGAUCUAGGGUGUUUCCUCAUGGAUCGAAACCCUGGUUCCCCAAAGAUCCGUUCUUUUACUGUUUCGUAAACCCUCACCUCCCUCAAUCCUCCUCUUCUGUGUAUUUCUCAGUAGAAGCCGUCAUCUUAGCUCUUUUUUUGUUCCCCCACAAAGACUUUGUUUUUCCUCAUGAGGAGGUUUCGAGCUUUACCUCCCAUCCUUCUCUGCGCUUCCUUCUUCUUGUUGCUGGCCGUCGGCAAAAUCUCGGCGGCCGACAGCACCAACAGCACCUACGUCCCACGGGACAACAUUUUACUUAACUGCGGUGCCUCCGGGCAGGACAAGGACACCGAUGGCCGCAUCUGGACCGCCGACGCCGGCUCCAAGUACGCCCCCUCCAUUAAUGGCGUUGGCCUCACGGCCUCGUCCCAGGACUCGUCGGUCCCGCAAGUCCCCUACUUGACUGCCCGGUUCUUCACCUCCCCCUACACCUACACCUUCCCCCUCGGUGCAGGCCGGAAAUUUAUUCGCCUUUACUUCUAUCCUUCCAACUACUCCGGCCACGCCGCCUCCGAUGCCUUCUUCUCCGUCACCGCCGCAUCCUCCACCCUACUCCAAAACUUCAGCGCCUACCUCACCGCCGAUGCCCUUAACUUUGCCUACCUCGUCCGCGAAUUUUCCGUCAAUGUCUCCUCCAGCGGUCUCAACCUCACCUUCACCCCUUCUGCCGACCACCCCCAUUCUUAUGCCUUCGUGAACGGUAUCGAGAUCGUCUCCAUCCCUGACAUCUUUACCACCGGCAGCGCAUUGCUUGCUGGGACGUCCACAGAGUACCCCAUCGACCAGGACUGGGCCAUCGAGACCGUCCACAGGUUGAAUGUGGGCGGGCAAGCCAUUUCUCCCAUCCAAGAUUCUGGCUUGUUUCGUUCAUGGGAUGAUGACUCCCCAUACAUCUACGGGGCUGCGAUCGGGGUCUCAUACUCCAACGACCCGAAUGUUACAAUCAAGUACCCGACCACUUUGCCGGCAUAUAUCGCGCCGGUGGAUGUAUACUCGACAGCGCGGUCGAUGGGGCCUGAUGCCCAAGUCAAUCUGAACUAUAAUCUCACAUGGAUCCUUCCAGUGGAUGCUGGGUUCUACCACCUUGUGAGGCUGCAUUUCUGCGAGAUCCAGUAUCCAACAACAAAGAUAAACCAGAGGGUCUUCGAUAUCUAUCUCAACAACCAGACUGCCCAAGAUGGCGCCGAUGUGAUUGGGUGGAGCAAUGGAAUUGGCAUCCCAGUGUACAAGGACUAUGUGCUGAUCCCUUCAGCGACCGGCUUGAUGGAUCUGUGGGUUGCACUCCAUCCUGAUCCUUCAACCAAGCCAGAGAUGUAUGAUGCUAUCUUGAAUGGGAUGGAGGUCUUUAAGCUGCAAAACAGCAAUGGAAGUCUUGCUGGGCCCAAUCCAGAACCACGUCCCAAGCCAGAUGUGAAUCCUGAUGAGGUUUUCAAUCACCAUAAUGGCAAGUUCAAGAGUAAAGCUCCGGUGAUUGCUGGUGGGGUGAUCGGUGGGGUCGUCGUCCUGUUGGCUGCCUGCUUUUGCCUGCUUGGGUUUUGCAGGCAAAAGAAGAAGGGAGGGAAGGAUGCAGGAGGCACGGGUGACGGGCCAUCAGGUUGGCUGCCGCUCGCUCUCUAUGGCAACUCGCACUCAGCGGCGUCAGCCAAGACGAACACAACGGGGAGCUCAGCCCCGUCGCUCCCGUCCAACCUUUGCCGCCACUUCUCGUUUGCAGAGAUAGAGGCUGCCACCAAUGGCUUCGACGAGGCCCUCCUUCUUGGUGUUGGCGGGUUCGGAAAGGUCUACCGUGGGGAAAUAGAUGGCGGCUCCACUGAAGUUGCAAUCAAGCGUGGGAACCCAAUGUCUGAGCAAGGUGUCCAUGAAUUUCAGACUGAGAUCGAGAUGCUGUCCAAGCUCCGUCACCGCCAUCUUGUCUCUUUGAUCGGCUACUGCGAGGAGAACUGCGAGAUGAUUCUGAUUUACGACUACAUGGCCCAUGGGACACUCCGCGAGCACCUUUACAAGACCCAGAAGCCACCUCUCCCUUGGAAGCAGCGGCUUGAGAUCUGCAUUGGUGCUGCUCGGGGGCUUCACUACCUCCACACUGGUGCCAAGCACACUAUCAUCCACCGAGAUGUGAAGACUACCAACAUUCUGUUGGAUGAUAAAUGGGUUGCAAAGGUUUCAGAUUUUGGGCUUUCAAAGACUGGUCCUACACUCGACCACACUCAUGUCAGCACGGUGGUGAAGGGAAGCUUUGGUUAUCUUGAUCCUGAGUACUUCCGGCGACAGCAACUUACCGACAAAUCGGAUGUGUAUUCUUUUGGGGUUGUAUUGUUUGAGGUCCUGUGUGCUCGGCCAGCUCUGAACCCAACGCUUCCAAAGGAACAAGUGAGCUUGGCCGAGUGGGCACUGCACUGCCAGAAGAAGGGCAUUCUCGAUCAGAUCAUCGAUCCCUAUCUCAAGGGCAAGAUUGCUCCACCAUGCUUCAAGAAGUUUGCAGAAACUGCAGAGAAGUGUGUGGCUGAUCAGGGAAUCGAGCGACCAUCAAUGGGUGAUGUCCUCUGGAACCUUGAGUUUGCACUCCAGCUACAAGAGGGUGCAGAGGAAAGUGGAAGUCUCAUUGGUGGUGCAGUAUCAGAUGGAGGCACGCCUCUGAUGAUGGUGGGGAAGAAAGACUCGAAUGAGCCGUCGGUCGAAUUGAGCACAACCACAACCACAACCACCACAGUGAGCAUCGGAGGGCGAAGCCUUGCAAGCGAGGACUCUGAUGGACUGACACCAAGCGCCGUGUUCUCAGAGAUCGUGAACCCUAAAGGGCGGUGAGAUAAAAUCGAGGCGAGGAUUGCUGCUAUCGUGUAUCUCAACACUGAGAACUAGCUACUAUGUAUCUCUAUAUUCAGUACUAUUUGAUGAGUUAUGUUGUAAUUCUAUCAGACGCUGAGAUCUCCUGAAUUCAAUGUGAUAUAUGACUUGUAUUCUUAAGAAUGCUUUGGUUGUUAGUUGCAACAAUAGUUGUGGGUUGUUAUUUUGUGAAUUUGUUGCUUCUCGGUUAAGGAGACUAUAAAUAUUUGCUUUGGAUGCUCUUUCUUCA